CAUGAGUAAAGGAAGUUUGCUGGAUUUCCUGAAAGAUGGGGAAGGAAGAGUCCUUAAGUUGCCAAACUUAGUAGACAUGGCAGCACAGGUUGCUUCUGGGAUGGCCUACAUAGAGCGCAUGAAUUACAUUCACCGAGACCUACGAUCAGCAAACAUCUUGGUUGGUGACAACUUAAGAUUCAAGAUAGCUGAUUCUGGAUUAGCACAGUUGAUCGAAGACAAUGAGUACACAGCAUGGCAAGUCCUGACUCUGCUCCCGCUGGCUCUUGAAAUAUGA